CCCUCGCUGAAGAUACAGGUGUUCUCUAGGGGUGUUCAGAGAAGAGGGCGGUGAUCUGCCUGGCCCGCUGUGUUCUGACUCAAACCCUGAGGAGGUGGACGGAGGAGCUCAUUAGAAGUGGAGGAGGUGAACAGAGCAGGAGAACGGCAGGAUGAUGAACGUGAUGAAACUUGGCUUCAGCUUCCUCCUGCUGGGACUGGUUUCCGGUGCAAGGCUCCCUGCUGGACGAGUGGUCUUCAGCAGGGGAAUAGAGCUCUCCGUAGAAGGUUUGAUUGGCUGUUGUCCAUCGGUCCAGAUCUUCUCAGUUCAGGACAGGCAGGUCUCCGGGAUAUCUCUGUCCUUGGUUUGUUUCAUCAGCGGUUUAAGCUCUUCCUUCAUCGGCAUCAGCUGGUGGAUUGGAGACUCGGCUCAGACACCUGCAGAGACCCAGGUGGUCUGGACGGAGCCAGAUCCUGCCGGAGCCUACAGCGCCACCUCCGUCUGGGAGGUGUCUUCAGCCAACUGGAAUUCCUCCAGUUCAUACUGGUGUGGAACCAUCAAAGGGGGGAGAGUUUAUAAACAGAAGGCCUCUCUGUGCUGGAGGGUGGACUGAUAUCAGACUAAUUUCUGUUAUGAAUGAGGAAUAAAACCAGAAUAUUUACCUGUUCUGAGAAAACGAGCUGAAAAACCAGAUCAAACACCUCUGUGAAGGUCAUGAUGUUAAAGGACAGUCAGUGGUGAUACCUCCAGAUCACCAGGCUGGUUAGUAGAUCUCCAAGCCAGACUUGCAUUAGUCAUUAAUUGAUUCUUUACUGUGUGUGUGUAAAGUCUUUACUAAGUUCUUAGUAUUAACUAGUGAGUUAUAAACGGGUGGUUUACUAAUUUGGGUUGCACCGUUCAAUUGUAAGCAAUGUGGUAGCUAGUGAAGCCUUAGUAACGUGUACAUCUGUUACUAGGCAGACAUCACAGCAGCCAACCAAUCAGAAACUGUUCAGACAUGUAAAUAUGGAACUGCACACCUGCCUCACAGAGAUGCCCGCAUCAUCAUUAAACCAAGAUAAAGUCUGUAUCUUGCAAAACGAGCUGACGAUGAAUAUUUUCAUGGUUUUAUAAUAAUUGUUCCAACCUGUGUAAGCAGUCGUCAUUAUGUUUGUUGUAGUUUAAGUUUGGUCUGUUGGUGUUAUUGAUGUUUUGAUGAAGUUACAGUUCUCCGUUAGCUUACUCCAAGACUACACCUCCUAGCUGGUAUGUGUGAGAAUUUUAUAACUAAGUUCUUAGUAAUUACUACUAAGUUACUAAUAACUUAAUAAUAGUACGUUAAUAAUAACAUAUAAGCAUUAAUAUUAGUAAGUUACUAAUAACUAGUAGGAGUGGUGCAACCUGUUAUUUUGUAUGAUGUAAUUAAGUGUUGUAGUUAAGUGAUGUAGUUAAGUGAUGUAAGUUGUGAUGUAGUCAAGUGGACUUGGGAAGGACUCAAACACCUGGUAGAAGCGGCUGGUUACCAGGCUGCUGUUCUAACUGAGAUGUACAGGAUGAAAUGAAGCAGUGCAGCCUUGUGAUCCUCUGCAGAUGACCAGAGUGAUCUAAAUGAAGCUUCCUGUCUUUUUCUGAAGUUUUAGUUUAGUUUAAAACGUGUCUGUUGUUCUUUACUGCACCUUUUCUUUUAAAGUGUCACAUUUCACAGAGAAUAAAGGGAAUAUGUAUGUACUACUGCAGUCUCUUCGCUGGAUGCAUGUCAUGGUUUUAUUCCUUUUUCAAACAGAAGAAAAAAAUAGUCUUUCACUUUAGUGUCAUUAUGAUGAUAUGAAGAAACAGAAGUCAAACAUCAGAAGUACACAUGCCACAGUUAAUCCUCUUUCAGCAUGUUGCUAUGACAACAAUAAUGUGUUAUUCAGAAAAAACAAACGACACUAGCUUACUUAAGCAAACACAAAGAGCCUCUGUCCUCCAAAACCAAGAUUACUUUAAGCAAAAUAUUAAUAUUUGUACAUGAGUUCCUAUGUAAUUAUCGACUGUGUACAUGCUUGGACAUGAGAAGGUGAUGCUAACUGGCCAUAAGGUACUGUGGACGUGAAAAGGUAUGUGAUGCAGGCUAACUGCCCAGAGGGUACUGUGGAAGUGAGAAGAUAUGUGAUGCAGGCUAACUGGUCAGAAGGUACUGUGGAAGUGAGAAGGUAUGUGAUGCAGGCUAACUGGUCAGAAGGUACUGUGGAAGCGAGAAGGUAUGUGAUGCAGGCUAACUGGUCAGAAGGUACUGUGGAAGCGAGAAGGUAUGCGAUGCAGGCUAACUGGUCAGAAGGUACUGUGGAAGCAAGAAGGUAUGCGAUGCAGGCUAACUGGUCAGAAGGUACUGUGGAAGCGAGAAGGUAUGUGAUGCAGGCUAACUGCCCAGAGGGUACUGUGGAAGCGAGAAGAUAUGUGAUGCAGGCUAACUGGUCAGAAGGUACUGUGGAAGUGAGAAGGUAUGUGAUGCAGGCUAACUGGUCAGAAGGUACUGUGGAAGUGAGAAGGUAUGUGAUGCAGGCUAACUGGUCAGAAGGUACUGUGGAAGUGAGAAGAUAUGUGACGCAGGCUAACUGGUCAGAAGGUACUGUGGAAGCGAGAAGGUAUGUGAUGCAGGCUAACUGGUCAGAAGGUACUGUGGAAGCGAGAAGGUAUGUGAUGCAGGCUAACUGGUCAGAAGGAACUGUGGAAGUGAGAAGGUAUGUGAUGCAGGCUAGCUGGUCAGGAGGUACUGUGGAAGUGAGAAGGUAUGUGAUGCAGGCUAACUGGUCAGAAGGUACUGUG